AUGACGUCAGGGGACGGUGUCCAGGCCGUGAAUGGGGGCAGCAUGAGGCCGCGCGGCUUUUUGGGCGCCGGACAGCGGCUGAGUAGAGCCAUGAGCCGAUGUGUUUUGGAGCCUCGGCCCCCGGGAAAGCGGUGGAUGGUGGCUGGCCUGGGGAAUCCCGGACUGCCCGGCACGCGACACAGCGUGGGCAUAGCGGUGCUGGGGCAGCUGGCGCGGCGGCUGGGUGUGGCGGAGAGUUGGACGCGCGACCGGCACUGUGCCGCCGACCUCGCCCUGGCCCCGCUGGGGGAUGCCCAACUGGUCCUGCUCCGGCCACGGCGGCUUAUGAACGCCAACGGGCGCAGUGUGGCCCGGGCUGCGGAGCUGUUUGGGCUGACUGCCGAGGAAGUCUACCUGGUGCAUGAUGAGCUGGACAAGCCCCUGGGGAGACUGGCUCUGAAGCUGGGGGGCAGUGCCAGGGGCCACAAUGGAGUCCGUUCCUGCAUUAGCUGCCUCAACUCCAAUGUGAGUCUACCCUUUUGUUGUGCAACUGGGUCGGGUGGGCCAGGGGUCCCCCAGCACCUCGCCAAAGCUUCCUGGGCCUCUCUGGCUCUCCCACAGGCAAUGCCAAGGCUGCGGGUGGGCAUCGGGCGCCCGACGCACCCUGAGGCAGUACAGGCCCAUGUGCUGGGCUGCUUCUCCCCUGCGGAGCAGGAGCUGCUGCCUCUGUUGCUGGAUCGAGCCACCGACCUGAUCUUGGACCACAUCCGUGAGCGAAGCCAGGGGCCCUCAUUGGGGCCGUGACACCAGUGGCCAUGGCCGCCCGCCUGACUGUAGUGCCCACCAACCCAGCCACGGCCACAGAGCUGCCACGCCAGCCUUGGUAUCUACUUUUUAUACAACCCUCCUCUAGACUGUUCCACGCUGCCUGCGGAUUAAAGUGAGGGUGACUGUGACUGGACCAGUCCAUUUCUGGAGUAGGUUCUUCUCUCUGCGUCCUACUUGGGACGUAGGGGAACUUCAGGAAGACUAAACUUUUCAAGCCUUUUUAGAGAACCAGGGGCACGCAUCUGUAAGAUAAAGAUGCUGGCUUGGAGGUCGGGUGCAGUGGCUCACGCCUGUAAUCCCAGCACUUUGGGAGGCCGAGGCUGGGGGAUUGCUUGACGUCAGGAGUUCGACACCAGCCUGGCCAACAUAGUGAAACCCCAUCUCUACUAAAAAUACAAAAAUUAGCCGGGCAUGGUGGUGCAUGCCUGUAAUCCCUGCUACUCGGGAGGCUGAGGCAGGAGAAUCACUUGAACCUGGGAGGCGGAGGUUGCCGUGAGCUGAGACUGUGGCACUGCACUCCAGUCUGGGUGACAGAGUGAGACUCUGUCUCAAAAAAAAAAAAAAGAUGCUGGCUUGGAAGCUGAGGCCUCUUCAGGGGGAUCCCACUCUCCCUGCUGGUGGGGGAGGGAACAACAGGGUCCAGCCAACCCCCCUCCCAGGGCAUGUGUGGGCAUACUUUGCCCACUGAGGCAUGGCCACUCCUUUCUUCAGCCCAUUUUACAGAUGGGAAGGCUCAGAGAGAUCUGGUUACAUCCCCUGGGCCUGUGGCCUGGCAGAGCCUCAGUUUGCACCCAGGACUGGCUGCCACCUUGCUUUCCCUGGGGCCCCUAGCACCCUUACCUCAGGGCUGCUGUGUGCCCAGAAGGUCCCCACACGGGUGAUAUAUGACAGCAGCCUGAGGUCCUGGGGGUUGGGUGGGAUGUGGGCCUGGCGAGGUAUCAGGCCUAGAUCCCCCGGCUGGUAGGGGGUGAUGUCAGAGAGCUGCGGCAGCAGAGACCCAGUCCUGGGCAGCUGGAUGCUGGGCUGGCUGUGGGGAGGGGGCCGAGGGUCACAGAGCCUUCAGCGAGCCAGGUUUCUGGCCCAGGGUGAGCCGAGCACUGUCCCCAUGGCUGAAUGCCUUUGCCCUGCUCUCUAUGGCCACCUCUGAGGCCACACAGGGCCACUUGCUCACCUCUCCUUGGGUGGGCUGUGGGACUUUGGCUCCUGGUGGGGACACACAGCCUUCUGAGGUCUCCGGACCACAGUGGAGCCGAGCAUGACCAGCAGUUGCUGCAGUAUCUCCUUUUGCCAUGGCUGGAACGUCACGUCAAAGUCGCUGUCCUCUUCAUCGGGGUGCAUCUGUUGGUGAGGGUGGGGUGGCAGCAGGCCCACAGUGGCCCCAGUACCCACCCUCCUCCAGGAAAUUCCAACCUCAGUGCCCAUUUCCACAGAGUUUUCCCGGUCUGUGGUGGGAUACCCAUUCUUCAGUCGGGAAGACUGAGGCCCAAGACCCUUCAGAGCCUCAGAGAAGGAAUCCAGCUCCUUUAAGACCUUGGAGGGAUCUUUGAAGGCCAGAAUCAGCGAAGGACAGACUUUCCAGGAGUCUCUCAGGGAAAAGAGGGGCCUCUGAUCCUGAGGCAGCCCCUUCUCUGCAAGCAGCUUCCAUCUUGGGCUCACUCCCCCUCCCCUUGCGCCCUCCCUCCCUCCCUUCUGCUCACCUGCAGAAUGUCCUGUAGGAAGGAGGUGGCCUGGACCAGAGCCACCUCCAGGCUGGCCCGAACCUUCUGCUCAUUAGCCAGUUCCUGCUGUAGCCGCUGCAAACCCACCUGCUGCUGCUCCAGCUGCAGGCUCAGCUGGUCUCUCUGGCUCCUAGACCCCAACUGGGAUGAGUCAACAGCCUUCCCCCUUCCCCAGGACUGGGGCCAGGGGCCCUGCCAUUUCUCUCCAAGCCCACAGGGGCCCCCAUCCAAGCCUCAGCCUGUCUGGCAGGCUCCUCUAGAGAGGGGAAGUCACUGGCCUGGGUCGUGGGAUCAGAAAGAGCUGGGCCAGAGCUUGGCCCCAGCCUGCACCCGCCACCCGCCCCUCCGCGGGCCAUACGCACUUCAGUGCCUGGUUGUCCACCUGCAGCUGCAGGGAUCUCUGCUCCAACUGGCUCAGCAGGAGGCGCAGCUCCUCGGCCUCCUUGGUGUCCUGCUGCUGCUCCUGGCACUUCUUGGUCAGCAUGAGGAUGAUCUGUGGGUGCGGACAGGUGGCCAUGCCCUCAACCUGCCCUGUCCCCCAGCUGCAGACACAGCCAGGCUUCCCGUGUUCCCCUAUGCAGAGGGGCCAGUGAGCUUUCCCGGGCUGGGCUCUGCUUCCAUAAGUUAUGGGGGCUUUAAGUAAAUACAACCCGGAGCUAGGCCCAGCGCCCUGCAGCCCCCACAGGAGGCCCAGUCCUCUCUCUGCUGCCUCCCUCCCUCCUGACUUGACUGCCCGACUCUGUCCCUGCAGGGCCCCCCGGGGCGGCCUCCUGCCUUGCAUGCCAAACGCCCUGCGCUGAGGCCUGCAGGCACACCUUCUCAUGGCCUCUUUUGUGCCUGGCCAUGACCUUCUGGGUGUUCUCCAGCAGCUCCAGCUGUUUGCACAGAUUGUCCUGGCUUCCCUUGAGCUGCUCAUUCUCCUGCAGCAGCUUCAUGCCUUGCUGGGAGACCCUGGCCAUCUGCAGGGUAAUGCCGUUGUUCUCUUUGAUGGCCCGCUUGGUUGUCUCUGACAUCCAGUUCGUGGUCAUCUUGUGGAACUCGUUGGUCACGAGGUUUAUGCGCUGGAUGAUCUCUUUCCUCAGUCUGGCAGGAAGGGUGGGAGGGGAAGGGGUCAGACAGAGCGGGCACAAGCCCUGGGCACACCCCUUUCCUUUGUGAGGUUCCCAGGGAACCUAGGGCUGUUAAACACCAGGAUGCUCUCUCCCUGGGAGGGUUGGGGCUACGGGCGGGAGGCUUUCCCUGUAGAUCCUCUGGACCUUUGUAAUUGGUACCAUUUCAGUGUACUCUCACCAGUUAAGUAAACAUGAUUUAAUCACAAUAAGUGGCAAAAGGAA